AUGAACGGCAACGUGGUGGUCAUCGCCAUACUCCUCUCCCUCCUACUCUCCAUCAUCAUCGGCGCCUACCUGUUCAGCGUAUGGUGGUCCAGGCAGCUCCAUGGCCGAUCCGUGCGACGCCGUGAGGGCACACGGGAGCUCGUCACCCUCACCCAGUCCAACGCCAGGGCCAACGGGAGACGCUGGGUGGAAGUCCGCGUCAGGGAGCCGGGCAAUCCCCGUCGUACGAACCCUCCUGGCCCGGCUCUGACGAAGUCCCAGCAUACAGCUACGCAGAAUCCCCCCCGGCAAGACCGUGAGCGCAACAUAGACCACGUAGUGGAGACACACAGGAACGAUCACCAGUGGGACUCGCAUGCCAACAACCAUGGCAGAGUCGAGACCCAGAACAACGAUAAUGAGUGGGAUCCUCCUGCGAAUGACAAUCAUGAUAACGAUGCUCGCCAUUCGUGGGGUAACGCCCCUGAUCCUGAUCCUGCUCCGGCUCAUCCAUCCCCUCAGGCGUCAACACCUAAGAGCUGGCAUCCGGAUCAGGGACCGGCGCUGGCUCAGUCCUUACAUGACAUGUUCGGCGGUCGCACGAGCGGACCUAGAAAUUCGAGAGCAGCGAGCAGAGUUGGUUCGAAUAGGCCUGAUCAUGGAGCUGAUGGUGGUGAAUGGGAAGGAUAUCCAAACAACAACCCGGAUGACGAGGCUCGGCCCGCAGGAGAAGUCAGUUGGUAA